AUGGAAUCUUACAGAUUGGGGUCUGGUAUCCCGACCAGGCCCUCGGAGCCGUCUCGCAUAAGACGGCCUGGUCCGGGAAUGACAACGGGAACUGAACCUGGAGUUAUCUCGAAUGCUCCAAAACCACUCAACAGAUCAGGAAGGAGGGAAGAGAUUCCACGGCCAUUACCGAAGCCAUCUUCCAUCUCACGUCCAUCAGCAAGGCCCCCUCAGCCUCCUACUACUCGACGACCGUCAAUUCCUCAACCUGUACCACGACCUAGCCUUAACCAGCAGGCCCAAUCGUGGGGUUCUUCUUCUACUUCAGCAUCCACACGAUCAACUGCCAACCAUCGUGGAGGUUCCGGAUCGUCAUUGUCAGCCCAGUCUAUGGACAACCCAAGGUCUAACCCAAACGUUCUGCGCAGGAAGAAGUCAUCGUUAUCUGGUGAUGUCAAGACGACACGGACUGGCUCAUCUAGGACUGACUCUUCUUCUUCUUCGUCCCAGCAUAAGCGCCAAGGCUCACUCGAUCCUGCUUUCGGCUUCCAUCUGGAUAGAGAACUUACCAGCAGCCCUGCUGAGAUUCAAAUUGCUGAGGUUGUAGAGGUAAAGAAACCUUCCAAGUCACCAGUGAUCUACCCCGAGCUGGACCGUUAUCGCAACAUUCGACGUCCGUCUGACAGCUCGGAUCACCGCAUUGAGGUUCCGUUCCGGUUAGCGACACAUGAUCUCCCACCUCCAACUCCAGCCAGCCUACUGUUUUCUGGAACUAGUGGAAGCCCAUCUACUAGGUUCUCCGAGUCACCUGGACCAGGGUCCUAUAGUCGUGACACCACGCCAACCUCAAUUGCUUCUCAGUCUCCUGGUCUUGUUGCACCUCUUCGCACUCAGAACAAGAACCGGCUACAAAGCCCUAUCCUCAACAGACCUCCCGUGACACGAAGAGCUGGUGGAAGUUUCCCCAACGAGGUUGAUGCCAUCACCGUUGAUCCUCAUGGCCUCGCAGCUGUUAGAGAGUCUUUGACUUCAUCCUCGUCGAACUCCACUGUUCGAGAAGCCACCAUCAAGAAGAAGACCAAGAACCUGCCUCCUCCCCCACCCAGUCCCCCACCACGGAAGUCAUCACAAUACUUUCGUGAGGAGACAUCCUCGCCAAAGUCGGUGCGUAAGGUAUCAAGACCUGUUUUGCACUCCCCUUCCCCUGAGAGAAGUGCCCAAUCCUCCGCCUCCCCAAGAGCUGUACCCCCGUCACGACCCAGCAGAGAUGGCACCCCCGACAUGCAAUCUCAAUUGUUCAACCCCAUGCCAGUCAUCCACAGCAAUCUUUCCACCCAAUCCCUCCCAUCAACCGAAAGACGCGGAAGUGAAUCUGCGAAUACAGCAGCUUUGUCACCCCCAAAGCCACAGUACACUCAUGGAGGCCGAACAGCAUCAACUUCACAACUCCCCAUCAGAGGCGAAUUGUACGCUCAACCGGCAGCCAAGGCAACAGCCGAAUCGAAGAAGGGUAAGGGCCUCGAGCCAACUCGAAUGACACGCACACCGAGCCCUAACGUGGCAACCUCCUCUCUCUCACGCUUCCCGUUCUUUAGUCGUAAGAAGCACGCCAACGGAGCACAAGCUGAGAAGAAUGAGAAGGAAAAGAAGACUCUCCGCAAGGGUCCUGUAGCUGGCACAGGCCAUGAAGGUUAUGGACGCAUUGGUGCUUCCAAGAGACGCAGUGGAAGUAUCAGCAAUAUGACGCGCAACUCUCCUGGUAGUCAGACAACUCAGGAACCCCGCUCUAGCAACGAUUCCUUCUUUGCAGACCGGGUCAACCCAGUGGUCAUCGCUGGAGGUGCGGUUAUCGAGAAUAGAAAUGCAAGCUCUGAAAUCUCUCGGAGUGUUAGCUCCCAGAGCUUGGCGACCCAGGAGUCGAGAUUUGGAAGCACGCAGUCAUUGGCAGCAUCUCAAGAUCAGCCUCGAAACACUUUGUGGCCAUCGCCCAUGUCGCGCACUCCACACCCAGCCUUUGGUGCUCGCCGCCCCUCCGAGAGCAGCGAUUCUGAAGGCCCUACAAUGAAGUCGACUUUGGCUUUCCGAAGAUCUGUGCAUCGACUCCGAUCUUCGCCUGAUGACCCCCUGAAGCUGCCUCAACCCAUCAACACGUCAGGCUAUGCAUCUUCGCCCAUGACAAGCUUUGAUACUAGCGUCAUGUCUGAUGAGUCCCACUUCGAACUGCAACGGGAGAUCUCACACGAGGCCAAGUCUUCCCACCCUGCGCCCAAGAAGCUUGUCAAGAGGCCGCGGUCUCCUCGAAAGUGGAAUUUGUUCGGAAGAUCAACCCAGACGCAGCAGCCCAAGCAGAGCGAGAAAGUCUCGGCCACUGUCAAACCAGUGGAGAAGAAACCCCUUGCCUUUUACGCUAUGAUGGAUUCUUCAGAACAAGAGGACAGCGAGCCCAUGGACAUUCAAGAUGUUUUGAGGUUUGCCGAGGUUUAUGGAAAGUCGCCUAGUGUUGGUGGUACUCCUGAGCUUUCGCAAGGCACACCAGAGAUGCGGUCGUCGACCAAUUCUCCAGUGCGACCUGCAGAGCCAACUCAACCCCCAAGGCGGGAGAGCGUCGAGAUGAAGACUAAGCCUCGGCUGCCUGUACCCCAGCAGACUUUGAUGUCCAAGAAGCCUACUCUACAGCCUCCGUCAACGAGCACCACUGCUAGCCGACGAAGCCGACUUCCUCAAGUUGGAAGAAUCCCCAAGGUUGUGAGUAACCGUACUGAACAUGUGUCACCUAUGAGCUUUUCUAGGCCUUUCAGAGCUAGUAUGCAGUUGGCACCUGAGAACCUUGAGGUCUAUGAUCCUGAGUCAAUUGCCAAAGGGCCUUCACCUUCGAGGCCCUCGACUCCUGUUCCUGAUCUGACUACCGAUGGUUCAACAGCCGGAAGUACCAACAACCUCUCAUCUAGAGACUCUAACCCUCCUGCUUUGAGCCGUGUUGAAAAGGAGUUUUUGGCCUUUUCGCCUCGCAAGGACUCCGAGGGAACCAUUGGUACAUCUAGCUCAAGCUGUUCUGGCAUUCUUGCUUUCUCUGGGUCUACUGCCGUUCCUGCGGCUGGUGAGGUAUCUCGACGAAGCAGUCGAUCUUCCCGCAAGACGAGACGAUCUGAUGCCAGCUCCUCUUCCGAGGACGGGUCACCACUCGCACAAGUAAACCUCAGAGUUGGUUCAAUGACGGUGAGCAAGUGGCUUACCUUCGGGCAUGUUCUCUUCAGUGACGUUCGCCAUGAACUGGUUCCUGUUGAGGGAUCACUGAAGAGACACUCAAUCCUCGUAAUUGAUGGCCUUGGUAACGAUGACUGGUCAUUCUACGCUGCGGAAACAUACCCUGCUGCCACCUUCUUCAACCUGUCUCCUCGCGCUCCUCUUUCUGAAGAACUCAAGAGUUCAUCUUCGAGCUUCCCUCUCAGCCCUCCAAACCACCACCAGAUCCAAUACGUCUCUCACCUCGACAAGUUUCCGUUCGCCCCUCAGAGCUUUACGGCUGUUGUCUAUCGCUUUCCUGUCGCAGCUCCUGAAGCAUACUACCGCAGCAUUCUCACCGAAGCUCGCCGUGUGUUGAAGCCAGGAGGCUUCAUCGAGCUCUCUAUUCUCGAUGUUGACCUAAACAACAUGGGCAACCGGGGCCGGCGUACAGUCCGCCGUCUCAAAGAGAGGAUCAAUGAGAAGACGCCUGAUACUAGUCUCGGAUCAACCGCGGAUCUCAUUGUUCGUCUCCUUGGCAAGGUUGGUUUCACUACCAUCAAGGCAGCACGAGUGGGUGUUCCCGUUGCAAGUUCCGUCACUCGCUCAGAUAGUAAGGCCGACAAGGGCAAAGCUAUUGCUGAGAAGAAGAAGGAUCCGCCAAGUCUAUCCGAGAUGAUGAGCGACAACAGCCCCUUGGCAGACGAGGGCAUCACCAAGAUGGUCAGCCGGGUUGGCCGAUGGUGGUACACACGGUGCUACGAAAACGCAGCUGGGAACCCCUCUGAAAAGAGCAUUUGGAGCGAUAAGUCUCUACUCUCUGAAGCUGAAGAGCUCGGUACAAGCCUGAAGCUCAUGGUCUGCUGCGCUCGAGCUCCUCUUGAGCGCAUCACCAGUGUCUAA